GAACAAAUUCCUUGAAGUCAACUCCACUACAUGGUUCCACAACAACACCACGUUAGCAGUGACUAAUUCACGUUUGGACAUCAUAGAUGCCACAACCCAGGACAGUGGGGAGUACAAAUGUCAAAGCAAAAAUUUUAACCCAAGUCAAUCUGUGCAUCUAGAAGUCUUCAGUGACUGGCUGCUCAUUCAGUCUUCUCCUGACGUGGUGAAGGAGGGAGAACCCUUCCUCCUCAGAUGCCAUGGUUGGAUGAAUCGAAAUGUCUACAAGGUGAUCUACUACAAGAAUGACAUAGCAUUCAAGUACUGGUAUGAAAACCACAACAUCUCCAUUCCCAAAGCCAAAUUAGAAGACAGUGGCAUCUAUUACUGCAGUGGCAUUCUUUGGAAGAUAAAUUAUACCUCUGAUCGCCUCAACAUUACUGUACAAAAAGGUUUGUGA